AUGUCCUCAUCCUAUUAAACAUUUGACACUACCAAAGAUUUAAAAGAACCUCUAUUAGCCUCUAAUGACUAAAGCCUCAUAAGCUCAAAAUCUAAGAGUUAGAAAAAGCUAUCGAAAGUUGCUCAAUUCUUUACUAAAUACUAUCUCUUUGGUGGAGCAAUGGCUGGAAUAUUUUUUGGACUACAAAACUAUUUAUUGUAUUUGGCUGUAGAUGGAGCAAUGGAAAUGAGGUUAGCAUACCUUAUUCCUAGUAUGAACUUUGUCUUCUUCAUUGUUUAUCAUGCCUACUUUGCGAUAUAACUAAAGAUGAGCAAGGGAGUGUUUUGGUCCAGUGAAGAUUCUCUUUAUUACAACAAUGAGAAGAAAUUUGACUUGAAAUUGGCCUUGAUUGUUAUUGGGAGAUCAUUAAAUCAAAUACUAUCUACUCUGAUACUCUACUACAUCUUUGAGACUUCAAUCUUGUCAGGGAUCAACUCAUCUAUCAUAUUCUCAAUAUAUGGAGCUACCUCAGUUAUGACGGCUAUUGCCUUCUACUUUAUAUUUAAAGAAACUCUUGGCUAGAAACAUGUUGCUGGUAUAAUGAUAGUAAUGAUAAGCGUAGUACUAAUGGCCAAUGGCAAAUAUAUUCCUACUCAAGAAGCAGCUGUGAAGCAUAGUAUUACAGCUGAUAAUCAAAUCAGUGUUCUUGUACCAAUCGCUCUAGCUCUUACUAAUUGCUUUAUUUUUGUAUUGAACAGUGCAGCUGCAAGAUUUUUAAGGGGUACCAAAAUGAACACCUAUCAAUACACAGCUGAUUCUUAAUCAAUUGUGUCAACUUUAUAUGUUUCAAUAGCUAUCUAUCAACACAUAUAUAUUUCUCCUUACUCACUAAGAGAAUUCUACCUUGUAACUUCUGGAUCAUUAAUGUAUCUAAUUGGAGUAUUGUGCUUCAAUGGAGCCCUAACAUACGGAAAAGGUGGUAGUUCUCAAGCGAUUAUUUAAGUUUAAGCUCCCUUUUAAUUGAUUUUAGAAAUUGUAUUUUUGCAAAUUUACCCAGCCCUGCUCGGAUUAAUUGGCAUGGUUGUUUGUAUCAUCGGUGCUCUUGUACUUAUCCUGACUAAACAUUGA